AGCCGAACCGACUUUCAAGGGUUUUCAGUUCGCCCUUCCCUCUUUUCCCUCUCUUGUUCUCGAUCGCCGCCAACCCUGAAGAAGGGCCGAUCGAGGAGAACACGGACGCGCGAUGGGUAAGGGAACGGGGAGCUUCGGGAAGCGGAGGAACAAGACCCACACUCUGUGCCUGAGGUGUGGGCGGAGGAGUUUCCACCUCCAGAAGAGCCGGUGCGGCUCCUGCGGCUACCCUGCCGCUCGGAUCCGCAAGUAUAACUGGAGUGUGAAAGCAAUUAGGAGAAAGACAACAGGUACAGGAAGGAUGAGAUAUCUUCGUCAUGUGCCUCGUAGGUUCAAGAGUAACUUCAGAGAAGGGACCCAAGCAACUUCAAGGAAGAAGGCUGCAUCUACUGAAGUUUAAAAGGAUAGAGACAAUGUCUUUACUAUUGGAUCAUCAUAAAGUCUUGUUUAUCAGCUACUCUUUGUUUGCGAUUCUUCUCUUCGAACAUUAUUGUUGAAGAUAAAGCUUAUGCAAUUUUUAACAUGCUUGCUUGGAAGACAAUAUUUUAGUAAUUGCAAUUUUGAAUGAGACAUCCAUCUAUU